UAUGGUAAUCUGAAAUGUCCUAUGAAAAUUGCCCUGACAAUUUUGUUAUUGUCGGAUACUCUAACAGUAGCACGCCCCAGCAGUGACAUUUCUACCGAUACGUUUUCUUGAAAAACUAUUAUCGGGACUUGACCAGAUCCAGCGCUUUCUGUAUAAGGAAAAAUGUCCUUGUCUGGCUGGGUGUGUGUAGUAACAGGUGCCUCCAGAGGUAUUGGCAGGGGCAUAGCUCUCCAGCUGUCUGAGGCAGGAGCCACUGUCUACAUCACAGGGCGCCAGGAGAAGACUCUGAAACAAACUGCUGCACAGGUUAAGGAGAGGGGUGGCAACUGUGUACCAGUUGUCUGUGAUUCUACAAAAGACAAAGACAUUGAAGACCUUUUUGAACAGCUCAAACGUGAACAGAAUGGCAGGCUGGAUAUCCUCGUUAACAAUGCCUAUGCUGGAGUACAGGAUAUCUUCGAAAAUAUGGAGAAGAAGUUCUGGGAAACUGAUCCGUCCAUUUGGGAUUCCAUCAACAAUGCAGGCCUCAGGGGCCACUAUUUCUUCUCAGUUUAUGCAUCCCGGAUGAUGGUGGCUCAAGGUCGGGGUUUGAUAGUCACCAUUUCAUCUUUGGGGGGGCUGAAGUACAUCCUCAAUGUACCAUAUGGUGUUGGUAAAGCUGCAUGUGACAGGCUGGCAGCAGACAUGGCUGUUGAGCUGAAAAGUAGGGGAGUGGUUUCUGUCAGUCUGUGGCCAGGAGCGGUGCGAACAGAGUUGGUGUCUCAGUUCAUUUUCGAGAAAGAAACACCACUGGGUGCAGAUUCCAAGUUUAUAAGAGAUAUGUUUGCCAAUGCAGAAUCUGCAGAAGUGAGUGGGAUGUGCAUUGUCAACCUGGCAACAGAUAAAAAUCUGAUGUCUCUGACUGGGAAAGUACUCCUGACUUGUGACCUGGCAAGGCGCUAUGGGAUACAAGAUGUUGAUGGACGGAGCGUAGCUGAUUACACUUCCAUAAAAUUCCUCCUGACUCAGGUCCCAUACCUCUCCUGGCUGUCGGCUUUUGUCCCUUCGUUCUUACGUGUGCCACGCUUUGUGCUCACCCUGGCUAAUAGCCGCUUCUAAACAUUUCCCUUUAUCAGUACUGAAGAGACAGUAUGUGAAACACAACAUAUGAUUAAGUGUAUUCUGUUACAGUUUAAAUUGGUGGUAUUCUGAAUACAGUUACUGUCUUCAAAAAUAGAUUAUUUGAAGGGAUUAUUUGUUUUUGUUUUAUUCGCUCCAACACCGCUGAGUGAAUGCGACGCAGGCAAGCAUCAGUUUGAUUGCAUUGUUUUUUAGAAGAUAAUUCUAACUGGCCAAGAGUGACGCAGCAGUGCUCUUUUGAGUUGUACUUUGUUGAACAAUCCAUAGCUACUUAUUCCUGUCACUUGCUUUUAAAGCUCUGCAAUGAAUUAGAAACAACUGGUUUGUGAAGUUAAAAAUGAGGAAUUAUCUACACAUCACAUCUUCAUUUCACUAUAUAUACACUGAAAAAUAAGGUGGCAGCUGGCUGGAGGGAUAUUGCCAGGGAGCUGAAAGUUUCUUGUAAAUGACCAUCUCUAAUAACAGGUUACUUGCAUGUUGCGUAUUUUCUGUUUUAAAGUGUAUAAAUAUAGAAAGAUAGCAAGUCCCUGCCAUCUGUAAGUGGUUACCUUUCCAGUCAAGCACACAGCUGAUAGAUUUGUGGUUUGAUAACAAAAGUGCAUAUUUAACAGAUUGAUUGCGGUCAGAGAGCACCAAUUGCUUGCUGUUAGGACAUGGUGUAAAAUUCAUAUGAGAUACAGAUUUGGCAUAAAGAUUAAAUAAAGUGUGUGCGAUGCACCUGCCACAUGUCUGGCAGAAGAGAUGCACAGCCA